CGGCGGUGAUCCCUCUCGUUUUUUACUCCAGCAGCAGAGCUCAGAGGCAGAGGAAUAGGAAGAAGAAGAAGCCUAACGCUUGCCUACUCUAGGAACCCCUUAGUGGGGGUUAUCGAUUAUUGGCUUGUUGAUUAUUAUUGGCUUGUUGAUUAUUAUUGGCUUGGUGCUGCUCCGAGAUGAUGUACCAGGGCUUCACCACCGCCGACUACGAGGCCUCUUCCUCCCGCUGCAGCAGCGCUUCUCCGGCCGGGGACAGCCUCACUUACUACCCCUCUCCCGCCGACUCUUUCUCCAGCAUGGGAUCGCCGGUCAACCCGCAGGAUUUCUGCACCGACCUGGCUGCUUCCAGUGCCAACUUCGUGCCCACCGUGACGGCCAUCUCCACCAGCCCGGAUUUGCAAUGGAUGGUCCAGCCCACCCUCAUCUCCUCGGUGGCUCCUUCCCAGGCUCGGCCCCAUCCCUACGGGCUCCAGGCCCCGCAAGCAGGACCCUAUUCCCGGCCAGGGAUGCUCAAGGCGGCCGGGAGCCGAGGGCAAAGCAUCGGACGGAGGGGCAAAAUGGAGCAGCUGACGCCCGAAGAGGAGGAAAAGAGGCGAAUCCGGCGGGAGAGGAACAAGAUGGCAGCUGCUAAGUGCCGCAACCGGAGAAGGGAGCUCACCGACACUUUGCAAGCGGAGACGGACCACUUGGAGGAGGAGAAGUCUGCGCUGGAGGCGGAGAUCGCGCAGCUGCUGAAGGAGAAGGAGCAGCUGGAGUUCAUCCUGGCCGCCCACCGCCCGGCCUGCAAGCUCCCCGAGACGCUCCGCUUCCACCAAGACCUGACCCUCGCCAACGCCGCCGCCUCCCCGCUGGGGCUUCUGUCCGGAGGCCCCUCGGAGGAAGAGGCAGAGGAGGAGGAGGAGGAGGCGAUGGAGGCCUUGGCGCUGCGGGGGGAGGCCAAGGCCGAGCCCCUGGAGGACUUCUUCCUGGGGCCGCCCUCGCGGCGGGUGCCGGACGCGGUGGAGCUCUCGGGGGGCUCCUCGUCCUCCUUCUACGCCGCCGAGUGGGAGGCCCUGGGCCCGGCCUCGGAGCUGGAGCCGCUCUGCACCCCGGUGGUCACCUGCACCCCGGGCCCCUGCCCCCCCGCCGCCGCCUCCUCCUCCGGCGCCUACAGCUCGGCCUUCGCCUUCACCUUCCCCGAGAGCAGCGAGGCCUUCCCCAGCUGCGCCGCCGCCCACCGCAAGGGCAGCACCAGCAACGAGCCCUCCUCCGACUCCCUCAGCUCCCCCACGCUCCUCGCCUUGUGAGGCGCCCACCGCUGCUGCGCGCGCUGCAUGGAGCCCCCAACCAGGAACCGAGGCCUCCCAGCUGGGAUACAGCAAGGCAGCCCUCCUUUAGGGAGCUCUCUCUGCCCUGCCGCCGGAGCCAGGGCCUGCGGAGACCUCGACUCUUCUUCCAGAGAUGUAGCAAAAACCGCAUGGAAUGUGUCUGGUCCCUGCCUCCCUCCCUUCUGCCUCCCUCAGGACUGCUCUCCUCCCCCUCCUCCGCCUCAGCUGGGCUUAGGACCCCAGGAACAACACAACCACAAAAACACUACCCUUUUCCCUGAGAGGACACCUCUCUAGGAACCCCUGGGUCCUCCAGUCCAACUCUGUGGUCAGCACCUGCCAGACAUUGACCAUAGACUUGCACCAGAGGAGCCACCAAGGCCUAGUGGAGCGCUCUCUCUAGGAGUCUCUGGGAUGGUCCUUCGGUGCCGCUUUUGGUUAAAGUUGACCAUAGAGUUGCGCUGGAGGACCUAGAUAUUCCUAGAGAGGACACAUUAGUAAAAUCUGUGAAUAAUCAAAUGGGGGGACGAGCGUAGUCAUUUUGUAGCAUGUUCAACAUGGCUGGGUUUGGGUUUACUCUCCCUCCCUCCCUUCCCUUUCCCCUCCCUAUACUCUUCACUAGCAUUAAUCUGUUGGUUUCAUGACUGGGUUUUUUUAAUCUGGUGCUGGGGAGGGAGUUGUCCUUCAGACUUUGUUAUCUAGUGCAGCUGACUAACAAUAACUACUACUACUACUACUACUACUACUGUGUUCCUGGCAAUAUCGUGUUUUGAUAACUUAGCAACUGACCCAACUUUAACUGCUGGGGGAGGCAAAACAAGAAGGAGAAGGGGGAAAACGGACUUUCUAGUAGAUCAAUAAAUAGCUACAUUGUCCAUGUACCAUAAUAGUUCUCCUUGUACAGUAGAUCAAUGUUCAUCCGUAACUUUUAACUGAUCAUUACAUUGUUGAAGUGGUCUGAAUGGUUUGGCAUAAGUUUUCCAUGAAAACGUUUUUUUAUUGUGUGUUUAAUUUAUUUAUGGAUAUUUAUAUUUAUUUUUGGGUUUUUUUUCUACCUGGAGGUAUUGAGAUGUGGAUGGUGGGUUUGGAUUUAAAAAAUAAUAACAAUUAAGCAUUGUUCGCUUACUGUUCAAGACACUGUCAAUAAAAGCAUUGGUUGAAUGCUA